UAUAGUGUAGACUGUAGUCCAGGAUUUUACUGCGAGAAAAUCUGUGUAGAGAAAGAUGCCUCGCACGACCACGGUCGAGCUCCCCGGUUGGCCUCCGCUUCGAGCCCUAACUUUCGAUGACCUAGGUCUUGUGAAAGGUCACUGCUUAGAAGAAUACUCUAUCACUUCUCUCACUCAAUUCUACAAAUCUGCUCCUACAGUUCCCAAGGUGGUUGAGCGAAGGGGAGAGCCGGACUCCUCGAAAUGUGUGUUAGCAGCUUCCUUGAAUGACAGCCAAUCAGACCCCUUAUUAGCUGUUGCAAGAAAAAAUGGUGCGAUUGAGGUACUCAACCCGCUUAAUGGGGACCUCUGUGUUUCAUUUUCUAAUGUCAGUGAUGUUGGUGUUCAUCCUGAAAAUGAUCCUACUGUUAGUUUGCAUUUAUUCAAGAAACAGAGACUGGACUGCACAUAUAGGACUUGCACUUUGCUUACAUGUACAACAAAAGGGAAUGCUACCAUGAGCUCCAUUGAAGUUGCCAAUUCGUCUGCAGAUUCUGCCUCUUCUGGUUCUUCAAGAACAUGGAAUGUAUGUGCUUCUGGGAACAUCUUGUGUUCUAAAGUUGAUGGAACUGAAAAUUAUGCCUUAUUUGGAGGGAAAGGUGUUGAAGUUAACUUGUGGGAUCUUGGCACAUGUAGUAAGAUCUGGACUGCUAAACCUCCUCCUAAAAACAGGCUGGGUAUUUUCACGCCUACGUGGUUCACAUCUACAGCGUUCCUGGACAACAAUGAUCACCGAAAAUUUGUUGCUGGAACCAAUAACCAUCAGGUUCACCUCUAUGAUAUAUCUGCUCAGCGGAAGCCUGUAAUAUCUUUUGAUUUCCGGGAGACCCCUAUUAGAGCAGUCUCUCAGGAUCUUGAUGGCCAUACGCACAGGAACGCAUGGAAAGGGUACGGGAAAAUGCAUGGUGCUAGUUUAAGAAUUCUACAAGUUAAGACGGUAACAUAUAUUGUUGAUUUGCAUUUUUCCUUCUAUCUUCAACAAAUGCGGAAAUUGUUAGGGUGUUUUCCUGGGAAGUGUUCUGGGAGCAUAAGAUCCACAGCCAGGCACCCAGUGCAUCCUUUGCUUGCUUCUUGUGGUUUGGAUGGGUAUUUGCGUUUUUGGGAUAUAAAGACUCGGCAACCUCUUUCAGCGGUUUUCUUGAAGCAGCAUCUCAUUCAUGUCAUUUUUUAUUCCAACUUCAAUGACCAAGAAGAGUCCCUUCCCGCAGCAGCAGAUUUGUUGCAACAUGAAGAACAUGACACAAACGGGAUCGUAAUUGAUGAUGAGACAGGGACAAAGCGUGUCAAGAGAAAGAAGGCGAAGAAAUGCAAAGAAAGUAGUGUAAAGGAAUUUAAAGAAGAUGAGGGAGCAAAGAAGUCCAAGAGAAAAAGCAAGAGGGUUAAGCAUGAGGCUAGCAGGGAUGCAUCAUGAUUAGAAGGCAUGAGGUUAGUGAUGGACACUGGAGGAACAAGUGAAAUUUUGGGCAUGUGAUUGUGUGAAGGUGCAGAGAGAACUAACAGUUGUUGUUGCACACAUCUUUGACGAGGCUCCUUGGAAGGGGAGGUUUCUUUGUUCUUUUGAGAAUUAUUAUUAUUACGGCAGUGGAGGUUGACUUGCAGCUGAGAUAUGUUCAAAUAUGAACUUGAAAUUUUGGUCUUAAAUUAGCAAAAUAAGGUGAUUUGUAAGAGUCCCAUCUAUCAAGUUGAUAUUCAGGUUGUAAUGGACCUAAUGGUACCAAAUAGGGCUGGGGGGCUGGAAAUGCCAGGAAUUUUUUUAAUCUCAGCCAUUUAUAACGGUAGUAUUGGGAGAUGCCAACUCAGCAUCAGA